AUGCCUCAUCCAGCAAUGCUUGCGUCGCAGCCGGUCCCGGUGGCAACACAGUUCACUCAGAUCAAAGAGGAAGCGCAUGAACAUGCCCUCCCCAAACCGCCUACUCGAGGAGUGUCUCGACCAAAUGCUGCUCCGAAGAAGAAAAACAACAAAAGGAUAAUGGACUCUGGACGCAUACAGGGAUUCAUGCAUUACCAGCCUGGUGCCAAGAAGUAUGGCCGAGCUUACCACCUCCGGGAACGAGUAUCUGAACCAGAUCAAUCCGCUGCAAAGUACAGCUAUGAAGUACCCGGCAGCGGGUACGGCUAUGGGAUGGCCAACCCCUACAGCUGGAAUCUAUACGCUCCUUGGUACACACCUGUGCUUGGAGCUCGAGGGUGGACAGAUCCAAGCUGUCCCCCCGGGUGUGCCAUCCCCCCACCUCCUGCAUCACUCCGGAGACUUUCGGCGGGCGACUCAAGCUCUCUGGAUGACCUUCGAGGUCAAUCCGAUACGAAUAUGGUGUCGAUUCAGAAGGAGCUAGGCUUGCAUUACGACUAUGAAUCACUCGAUCCGAAAGUUCGACCGCUGGGCUUGCUUAUGGAGCGCUGCUCGAGUUCCAUUAACGCCAAAUCAGAUGCUCUGGUAAACCAAGACCUCGACUACGAAGCUCUCUCAGCCGGCUCGGAGUCACCGCGUUCUUCCAACGGUGCAGGACAGCAACCCGAUGAUAGCAUCGAUGACGAAAACUCGCCACCAUCCGAAACUGUAGUCUCAAAUUCGGACUGGGAUGGCGCUACGGCUUGCGACCUUAUGGAAUUAGAUGAUCGGAAUGAGCAAGAAGAUAGACACGCCGACGAGAACUCUGCAUGUACCAGCAUGGAUGGACGUGCUGGAGGGUGGAGACUACUUUCCAGCGAGUGUCCACCGAGUAACUGA